UAAAAUCAUGACCUACGAGAUUGCUCUGAUGUUCUCUUAGUAGUAUACCGUAGCUUUCCUGGGACUCGGCCACGUAGUGCUCUUUGUUGUCCCCACUGUUGUAGAUUCUUGAGUGGUCCUUGGAGCUCCGUAGUUCCAAAGUUUUUGAAGCAGGUGGUUGUUUAUUCAGCAAUUGGGGGGUUUUGGGAGAGUUUAUAGCGCCGAGGGAUUUCUGUGUAUUGAUAAGAAAGACGGGGGGUUUUUUUUUUGAAUUUUUUGUAAGAGGAUUGAUUUUCUCAUGUUUUGUUGAGGUAUUUGGGGCUCGUCCAUGUGUUUUGGGGUUGGUUUUGGGAGCCAUGAUUGUGGCUCGAUAGUUGAGCGUCGAAGAGGAAUUUGUUUCGCAGCAGUGCGGUGAGGUGGUGAGGUCGGUGCGGCGGUGGUGGAACCAUGGCUGCAUCCAUAACGCCCGGGAGUAACCCCAGCGUUGCUAUGAAUUGUGUUGCGAGUGGUGCGAAAGGAUGCGCUGAUGUAGAGGUAGGGUUUCCUCGCCUGUAUGCUAGGGCGCAGGGUUUGAUGAAAGUACGUGGAGGCAGUUCUUGCCUUGGCUGGAGCUCCAGAGGCAAUAGCUUCAUUGGCGGGCAGGUCGUGUCCAUGCUCAAACAAGCAGGUGCGGGAAGUCGGAAUCGUAUGAGUAAGGCAGGCAACACGCAGGCGAUUCUGAAAACAAAUUCUAAAGAGACACCUCUCAUUUCUGUCGAAAUCCAAAGGAAUUAUGACAGUCCAUUUGAAACUGUGGACAAGGCGUGGCUGCUGGACCGGGAGCCUAACCUCGAUGAACUUCGCAGAGAUGUGAUGGAUUCUGGCAUGGUUGAACCCAUACUCGAAGAGAAUGCUGGAGGAAAAGUCCAUUCAGAAGUUACACUUGCAACGGAAAAGGACAUAGAAAUGGCCAUGGCAAAGACAGCGGGUAUCCUACGUGAUGGGAAGAGUUCGCUUGGAACAAAAGGGGUUGACAAAGAUGAAUUUCAGUCGUCGAAUUUCGAAGAUUGCUCUGCACGAACUGAUGAUGACAUUUUGGAGGAAGCAGUAGCUGAGGCGGCCAAAGUUCUACAUGAAAAGCGCAGAACAUUCGGGCGAAAACUAGUUCACAAUGAAGUUGAGAUGGAGGUACAGGAUGCCCUAAUGGAAACCGUGCAGGUGUUACGGAGUGGACAGUCUUCGUUUCUUCGAAAGUCACCUUCUAAUGCACAGAAGCGUAAACAGUUCUGGGACAAGCUCAAGAAUUCUGAUUUUGGAAAAACCUUGGAGAAGGAUGGAACCGCGAUCAAGUCUUGGCUUCAAGCUGUCACAUCUAAAAGGACUGCUACACCUCACAAAAAAGGUGUGGCUAACAUAGUAGCAAACGAUAUUGACUUCAUCAAGAGCAAAUCUACUCGCGUGAGGCCUUCACUGAGAAAGAAAAUUGGAGAAAUUGUUGCUCUAAAGAUUAUCGAAGACGAGAAUAGUGUGCCGGCUGGCCCUGCAUUUUGGCCGGAGCCCUACUAUCCUGAGUUGCGAGGUAAAGAUCUCUUGGAUGCUGACUUGAGAACUCUGGAGAGUUACUCGAGCUUUGUACAAGGUGUAUUUCAAAGUUUCAAAGUACCCCUUCAAAACGAGUAUGAUCCUGAUCAAGUUGCAGCCUACUUCCAUCGUCGACCGCAUGUUCUCCUCCUCCGUUUUCUGGAGGUUGGUGCUGCAUUUGGGUCAGUAGCAUUGGAACGCAACAUGCGAAUGGCGGCAUUGAAGAGGAACAAAAUGGGCGAAAUUUCGGAGGCAGAUAAGCUCAAAGUCACGUUACAGACAGCUGAGUCUUUGAAGAAAACUCUGCUUGGGCUGGGCACCACUUUCAUCAAAGUUGCACAGUCACUCUCUUCCAGACCUGACUUGAUUGGCGCAGAAACUGCCAAGGUUCUUUCCGAGCUCCAAGAUCGUCUGCCUCCCUUCCCUAAAGAUGAAGCUAUAGAAAUUAUAGAGGAGGAGUUAGGAUGUAAGGUAUCAGAGGCAUUCUCCUUCUUGUCGGAUGAACCAGUCGCUGCAGCUUCGUUUGGCCAGGUGUAUCGAGGGCGCACUAAGUGUGGAGAAGAUGUAGCGGUAAAGGUUCAGAGACGCAACUUACAAUUUAAUGUCGCACGAGACGUCUACAUCCUUCGUAUUGGGUUCAUGAUAUUGGGGAAAGUUGCCAAGUUAAAUAACAACUAUACGAUUUUAGCAGACGAGAUUGGGCAAGGCUUGUACGGGGAACUAAAUUACAGACAGGAAGCUGCAAACGCUGCCGAGUUUGCUAUGGCUCAUAAGCACAUACCAUGGUUAUAUGUUCCAAAGACUCUGCCGCAUAUGACUAAACGGAAGGUCUUAGUCAUGGAGUGGUUGAACGGGGAUCGCCCAUUUGAUUUGUUAUGCAUUUCCAAAGGAUUGCCUAGCGCGGAUGGAACCCUCCCUAGCCAGGAUGUGCAGCAGGAAGCAAGGCGGCGACUUUUGAACAUGGUGAACAAAGGAACAGAGGCUGCUUUGACUCAGCUGUUAGAGACAGGAGUAAUGCAUGCUGAUCCCCACCCAGGAAACAUUCUGUUAGGCCGAGAUGGGAAGUUGCAGUUUAUUGACUUUGGGCUUAUUACCCGUAUGGACAAGAUUCAUCAGGGCGCGAUGCUUGCUGCUAUUGCUCACUUGGUUAAUGGAGACUGGCAAAGCUUGACAGAUGAUUUGGCCGACAUGGAUGUCUUGAAGCCUAGAACGGAUCGUUUCGCACUUCGACUGGCGCUGGAACGAGCAUUCGGAGAGGGCUCCAACGCAAUUGUAAAAGACGGCGUGCCGAAUCCAAACUUUAGUUUCAACAAAGUAGUGAACGAGUUCUUUAAAAUCGCAUAUAAGUUCCGUUUCCGGCUCCCUCCCUACUACAUCCUAGUGCUCCGCUCACUCGCCUCAUUGGAAGGAUUUGGUCUAGCCGUAGAUCCGAAUUUUAAAACAUUUGGAGCUGCUUACCCUUACGCAGUGCGGCGCAUUCUCUUGCACUACAGCCCCAUCACCCAGCGCGUAUUGAGGUCUCUUCUGCUGACAGAGAAGCGCGAGUUCAAGUGGGACCGUAUCUCAUCGCUCAUCGCUAUUAGCCAGAAGUCAGCUGCGCAGCGUGCAGCUUUGGAGACGGUCACAUUCAUCUCAAAUGAGCCUAAAGUUGAGCCUGUCAAGUCGGAGGCACCGGCGACCACAGACGCUUCCGAAUUAAGUAUUAGGAUGUUUUCAGGGUUAUUACUAUCAAAAGAAGGUGUUGGAAUUCGCCGUGUGAUGUAUGAGGCAGAUGCUCGGGAUUUGGCGUGCACACUUAUCUCUGCUCGUGCCGCCAAAGUUCGGCGAACUGUUGCAGAGCGUCUUGGGGAGACCUUAUUCAGCAUAUUGAAAGAGAGAUGCAACGUUUUUAAUGGCAAAACCAAGUUUGAGGCAGUUCCGCUAUCGAAGACAUUCGCGCAUCGUAUUACGAAGGAUAGACGUUUACAGUUAAUUUUGAAGUCGAUGGUGGGACGGUUGCGGUCUCAGCCUAUUUUAUUGGCCAGAGUUGGUUGGGCCUCCUUUACAGUUGCAUUAUGGGCUAUGGCUCUUGCCUUCCAUGACCUCGCAAUUUGUCUUUGUUACGAGUAUCUCAAGAAAGCAGAAGCUGAUGCCAAACGAAAAGCUCAGAUCAGAACUACAAAAAUGAAGACAGCAACUGCUGCAGUGUAAUUUGGCUUUUUGUGAAGUCUACGCCCAAGCUAGAGGGUCGCAAAAGGACUCAGUUAAGCCACAAGUUGGAGAGGACCAUUAACGAUGAGUAGGAUCUUUCAAAAAUCGACUCCACGACCUGACUUGAGGAAAUUGGCUGGAGCAUCUGAUGUAAUAUUGUUGGGGUUCUCUUCCAAGCUCAGUUGGCACUUUGUACAGCAGAUAUGGGUAACCCUGAUCAAUUCUUUCAAGAAAAGGUGUGAAAUAUCACUACCAUCCAUUUAUUUCAUUUGUAAACUCGUUGAAUCCCUGAAAGUCUUGGUAAACUAUUUCAAGUUGGGCACAUUUGACGCAUUUCCUAAGCUGACCCUCUCUGGUCAAUAUAUUAUGUUAUUCCUUUUUGUAAUUUAUCACCAGGGACCUAGCUAACUGAGGGAACGGCUUGUUAGUCCAAACAUUAGACAGCAGAAUCUGACCAUCUUGUCAUCUGCACCCUAUAGUGCAUAUUUUGAGUUAAAUUUGCGUUUGGCUCGGCGGCCAGUAGAAAAUCUUAAUGAGCAGGGACACCCUUCGGUUAGUGAAUAGAUUCAAAAUCGAAUCUUUAGGAAAACACCGAGUGCAUGCUUUCUUAAUUUCCAUUCGUAGUAACAGCUGUAGUAACCGAGACAAUGCAGCCCGAUUGUUAAGGAAAACCCAGGACCCUGUGUGGUUCUGUCUAAAUUUCUUUUGCAUUCCCAUUAAGUCCUUACUGGGGCAUUAUCAAGUUCAUAAUGCGAAGUUAUUUUGAAAGCUUUGAGUGAUCGAUAGACGCUCAUUUUGCA